AUGUUCAAGUUACAAUACCUGAGGUUGCGUUCGCGGUACAUGCUCUUCUGCUUUAUCGCCGUCUUCUCGUUCAGUAUUUUGUUCCUAAUGUUUCAAAACAGUUUAAGCCGGCCAGCCAUCGAGACUCUGGUCACUGAAACGCACAAGCAGAUUAACAAUUUCAAAAACUUUAAAGACAAUUUGAAAGUGGCUGAGCAAAAGGAAUUGGUGGUUAACGAAGACUAUUUGUACGCAUUAGGUUUUGUUUCGAAACCAGCCAUUUAUCCAGAUUCGUCUUGGAGAAAUACUACGCUGCCCAUUGUAGUCACAUACGUGUUGGACGAUGAACACAGUCAAGCGAUCGGGCUCAUUAUGUGUGUGGCUAAGUAUUUGCCUGACCGUGCAAUACUUGUGUACAACUUGGGAAUACCUGACUACCAACUCCUUCUUAUGCAAUCAUUUUGUAAUAACAACACUCGGUGUACUAUUGUCGAUUUUGAUCUAUCAAAAUUUCCGUCUCACGUAAGCCGUACACACAUCAAAGCAUAUCGACCUCUUGUAUUACAGGAUGCUUUGAAUCGUGCCGGUGCCGUGAUGUUUCUCGAUCCAAAUGUGCGGAUAAUAUCUCCAAAUGUCUCAAAACUUUUCACGCUCUACAGUAACAAAUCGAUAGUCGGCUGGGAGACAAGAAUGGCCACAACAACGCUCACACACCCGAAAAUGUUUGAUUACUUUCGUACACCUGCGGACAAUUUUUUCUUCCUACCACUGGUUCUAGUUAAUAAACUGAUUGUGUACAAUACUCUUGACAUGCACCAAGACAUCAUGCUACCGUGGAUUCAAUGUGCUCUCAUUAGUGAAUGCAUAUCUCCCAUAGGGGCGCAGACCAAAGGGUGUAGAUAUAACAAGAAACCGCAAUACAGAUAUUCCAGCUGCCAUGGGUACGACGUAUCAGCAUUCAACAUUGUAUUGGGUAUACAUUAUCAGUUUGAUAGUACGCCUUAUGUCAUCAAAGAAAAUGAAGAUGACUUUUUUACAAAGGUAUCAAAGAGUGAAGCCGAUAAAGAUCUCCAAAACUUGAUUUUGAACAUAACAGACACCCCAGCAGUGACGUAAUUGAAUACAUUCAUUGAGUACUAGUCUAAAUGAUCUUAAUCCGUUAUAUAACCUAUGUUAACGGAUAAACAUUGACCAAAAAUUAAUUUAAAUCCUAUAUAUUUUAAUACCGUGUUAAUUGAACCAUAGGUUCCAAAAUGUGCUAUUUAAUUUCUAUAUUUAUUUUUGAAAAAUCUUUAUUAAUCAAGGUUUUGAAUAUUAUAAUAUACGGUGAAAACCUAUGUACAAUGGACAACCGUGGGUAUUAAAAUAUUGAUUCGCAGUACAAAUGUCUGUUAUUGAGGGAAUAAAAUAUACUUAGGUAUUAUAUUGUGAUAUUUUAAAAUGUGUCAGAGAGGUCUCCGCUAUUGAGGAAUAACUAAGAUUUUCAGCAUUAUUGCUAACUGAUUACAUAGAUUAUAAAUACAAUUUAAAAUACUCUUUUAAAACUAUCAACUGCAUUUACAUUAAUUUAUUUAAUUGAAAAUUGUAUCAACAUUGUACUAAGUCGAUAUUAUUUUGAACACUAUUUAAGCAAACAUUUGUUACCUAACCGUUGAUGUAUAUUAUGUAACACUGUUGUAAAUACUAUUAAGGUUGUCAUGUUUUGUAUAAUCAAAACUGCUUUAUUUUUACACCUAACUUUAAAACUUGUCAGUUGCUAAAAUAUACCAAUUGGAUCAUACACGGUUAUAGAAAUCCAAACAUUUUGGCAAUCCCUAAUAACAUUAAUUUUAUAGUAGUUUAUAAGUGUUAAUUGUUUACAGUUUUUUUUUUUUAUCAGUAUGAUGGUAUAAAGUUCCUUCAGCAUUUGUGUUAAAUUUAAUUUUCUUGAUGUAAUCUUUUGUCUAUUUAACCUGAACUACUUAUGACUUUUUAUUACUGUAUUUUAAUUUACAAAUGUUUUAUUUUGUAACAACUGUUAACACAUCUAGUUUAAUUUUAUGAU